AUGUUGCGCUUCAUCAACCUCCUGAUUGUUGCCUUGGCGAGUGUCGCUCUCGGCCAGCAACACUGGCCCUACAAGCCGCCGACCAAUGGGGACGAGCUUGUUCUGACCGCAAUCACCGCGGCCGACGGAAACUCCAUCUUUGAGUGCUGGCGACUUGAUGCCAUUUUCAGGCCCCCUCCCGGCGCGCCAGCAGACGGCGCAGUGGGUGUGCCUCUCGGCAACGUGUCCUCCGCAUCAUACAACAUUAUUCCGGCUGAUUUCAACGGUGGCCUUCAUAACGCACCUUCGCGACAAUUUGUUCUCUUCGCUUCGGGUCAUGUGCGCGUCAAGUUGCCGAACAGCACGGACGAACUCUGGAUCACCGGCGGCAACGAAGGACUCAUCAUUGCUGCCGAUACGGCCGACGUGUCGAGGUACGGACAUAUAAUUACUACAGAUCCUGGCGAAGUCGUGGCGAGCCUGCAGAUGCCACUUGCGCACGGCUUGGACUUCGAGCAUGAGGUGGUCCAUCCGGGUCCCUGUAAUAAAUGA